AUGACUUCAGUAAAAGAUUUAGUAGACUUAGGCAAGGAUAUGGGUCUGGAUGGGGCGGAUCUGAUGGCGUUUGUCAAAGAUAAACAAGCAAGGGAAAGGGAUGAACGACAGAAGGAGCGAGAGACAAGGGAGAAAGAGGCUGAACGACUUCAUCAGUUGGAAUUGCUUAAACAGGAGAAAGGCCAUGAACACGGAAAGAUUACUCUUCAAUUACUGUUGGAGAAGGAGAGAGAGGAAAGGAGCGCUCAGGAGCAUAAGCGGAAAAUGGAGCUUUUACAGGAAGAGGCGAAGCAUGAGCCAAAACCAACUGCAGUGAAUACAUCCUUGUCUAGUGCAGUAGCUAAAGGACUGAAACUCAAUUCGUUCGACGAAGAUAGAGAUAAUAUGGACUCGUAUCUUAGGCGGUUUGAGAGAUACGCUACUACGCAGAAAUGGGACAAGAAGCUGCAUUGGGCGACAAAUCUAAGUGUGCUGUUGAAGGGACGCGCCUUAGAUGUUUUCUUACGUCUACCCGUCGAGAAGUCCCUUGACUACGAUGUUUUGAAAGCCACACUUCUUAAACGUUUUGAAAUGACAGAAGAAGGAUUUCGAAAGCGCUUUAGGACAGGAAGACCAGAGACAGAAGAAACAUUUUCUCAGUUUGGAGUGCGGAUGGAGAGUUAUUUCACCCGUUGGCUGGAAAUGUCAGGUACUGCAUCAACCUUUGACGCAUUGAAGGAUUUCGUUGUCAAGGAUCAGGUUCUUCAAACCUGUGGGCAUGAUUUGACACUCUUCAUCAAGGAACGGGCUCCCAAGACACUGGCAGAGAUGACAGAGAUGGCUGAUCAGUAUGCAGAGGCCCGAGGAAAUCCGACGAAUUUAGCUAAGCCCAAGUUCACUGGUUCUAAGCACAGCAGUGGCGGAAAUCGCGCGCAGGUGGCAGAUGGUAAAUCGUCAGACAAGAAAGAUGUCAAAGUUUCUGGGAGCAAUAUCAGACAUUGUUAUAUUUGCAAGAAGACUGAUCAUUUGGCUAACAGAUGUCCAAAGAGGGAUUCAAACAAAGUUGGUGUGGUAGAUGUUGAGACUUCGACAGGUCAUGCACCCGUUUCCUGUGGAGCGGCGGGUGUUAAGAUGCCGGUGGUCAUGGGGUAUGUUGGCAAUCACCGUAUCUCUGUGUUAAGGGAUUCAGGAUGUGGAAAGGCAGUAGUGAGGAAGAGUUUAGUGUCUCCAGAGGAAAUGACUGGGAAGGUUGAGGCGUGUAAACUUGCUGAUGGUACCGUAUUAUAUCUACCUACGGCUAGAAUCAUGGUCGACACCCCUUAUUAUACGGGCCGAGUCGAAGCCUGGGUUAUGGAAACGCCUAUAUAUGACCUUAUGUUGGGCAACAUGGUUAAUGUCAGGCCAGCAGAGGAACCCGAUAGCGCAUGGGAACAUACUCAAGAGGCAAGCGCGGUUCAGACGAGAGCACAAGCACGUCAGGAUACAACUUAUCGUCCCCUGAAGGUCCCGAAGGAUCUGGGGGAUAUUGAUCCGGGCAAGUUUAAGGAUGCACAACUGACUGAUGGUACUUUGGCAAAGAUUCGUGAAUUUGUAAAAAGCGGGCAAGUAAAGGAGAGGCAAGACGGGAGUUCGUCUAAAUUUACUGUUCGACAGGGUCUGAUAUACAGAGAAUACAAGGGUUCUGCAAAGCUUCAAGGGCGUACAUCCAAGCAACUAGUGGUUCCAUCACAGUACAGAGGCAUUGUUCUUCGGUUGGCUCAUGACUCAGUCAUGGCGGGACAUUUGGGGGCCAAGCGAACCGCAGAUCGGAUUUUGUUAGAAUUUUACUGGCCAGGGAUCAUCGCGGAUGUGUCGCGUUAUUGCCGUUCGUGCGAUGUAUGUCAACGUACUUUCCCUAAGGGUAGAGUAACCAAAGUUCCCCUUGGGAGGAUGCCACUUAUUGAUAUACCCUUCCAACGCGUCGCCAUCGAUUUAGUUGGCCCACUUCAGCCAGCCACUGACCGUGGGAAUCGAUAUAUACUUACGUUAGUGGAUUACGCUACACGGUACCCGGAGGCGGUCGCUUUAAAAGGUAUCGAAGCAGAGAGAGUCGCUGAGGCUUUGGUAGACAUCUAUAGCAGGGUAGGAGUCCCGAGAGAAGUAUUGACUGACCAAGGGUCCCAAUUCACGUCGGAAGUCAUGAAGGAGGUCAGCAGGUUGUUGUCAAUUCGUCAGCUCACAACCACCCCUUACCACCCGAUGUGUAAUGGCCUGGUGGAAAGAUAUAACGGGACACUUAAACAGAUGCUCAGGAGGACAUGCAGUGAACGUCCGAAGGACUGGGACAAAUACCUCAACGCGCUGUUGUUCUCUUACCGAGAGGUUCCACAAGAAAGCCUAGGUUUCUCCCCGUUCGAGCUACUCUAUGGAAGAGUGAUUAGAGGGCCAAUGAGAAUUCUUCGCGAAUUAUGUGCCAAGGAUGUUCCUGAUCCAGAAGUGAAAACAACCUACCAGUAUGUGGUUGAUCUUAGAGAACGGCUUAAAGAGACCUGCAAAUUGGCACGGGAGCACCUGGAGACAGCUAAAGUUCAACAGGCUCACUGGUACAACAAAAAGGCAAAGGAAAGGAAGAUGAAGCCUGGAGAAAAGGUUCUUGUUCUGUUACCUACCAAACGGAACAAGCUUCUCAUGCAAUGGAAAGGACCGUAUGAGGUCCUUGAGCGUAAAGGGCCCAUGGAUUACAGCGUUUGUAUCGAUGGGAAGUCCAAGGUUCUUCACGCUAAUCUUCUACGGCAAUACAUCGAAAGGAAACAUUUGCCAGGAAACACGGGUGUACUUACGAUCGCCUGUGCUGGAAUCGUCGAGGAUGAUACUGAUGAUGUGGAUGACGAAACAACGCCACAGGAUCUCGUCCAAUUGCCGAGUCCGAUUAGGUCUGAAACUGUUGAGGAUGUAAUGGUUUCUGAAGAUCUUACAUCGGAGCAGCGAGAUGAAGUGAAAUGCCUCUUGGACCAAUAUGACGACGUACUAUCUGAUGUUCCUGGAACCACACAUCUUGUGCAGCAUGAGAUCAAGACUACGACCAACGAACCGGUCAAAGCAAAGAACCACCCUCUACCCUAUCAUAUGAAGGAAACUAUUCAGAAAGAAGUCGACAAAAUGUUGUAG